GGCGAAAGGCACCAGACACGAGAGACACAAAACACUGUCAUACGUUACCGACUCUAUUUAUAUAUCUCUCUAUCCAAUCUCAAUCACGUAUUCUUCUUCUUCUUCUCUGAAAAUGGGUGAAGAGAGAAGAGUGAUGGAGGAGAGUCUCUUAUCAAAACAUAUUGAUUCGAAAGCAGAGAAUGGUGAUGAAGAAGAGAGGAAGAAUAGAGAAAUUAGUUGGGAUAUUUACAGGAAAGAAUUGAAGAGGAUUUGUUACCUAUCAGGUCCUAUGGUAGCUGUAACAUCUUCACAAUAUCUUUUACAAGUUGUGUCCAUCAUGAUUGUUGGUCACUUAGGUGAACUCUAUCUCUCUAGUGCCGCCUUAGCCAUUUCCUUUGCUGGUGUCACCGGUUUCAGCUUCCUGAUGGGAAUGGCUAGUGGACUAGAAACCACAUGUGGACAAGCUUAUGGAGCUAAACAAUAUCAAAGAAUAGGAAUACAAACAUACACAUCUAUAUUUUCUCUCAUAUUGGUUUGUUUACCACUAUCUUUUAUUUGGAUCAACAUUGAGAGCAUACUAGUUUUCACAGGACAAGACCCUCUAAUUGCACAUGAAGCAGGAAGAUUCACAAUUUGGCUUCUUCCAGCACUUUUUGCAUAUGCAAUAUUGCAACCACUAGUUAGAUAUUUUCAAAUACAAAGCUUGCUUAUUCCAAUGCUUUUAAGCUCUUGUGUCACUCUUUGUAUCCAUAUACCUCUUUGCUGGGCUUUGGUAUUCAAGACAGGAUUGAAUAAUAUUGGUGGUGCAAUUGCAAUGAGCAUUUCCAUUUGGUUAAAUGUGAUUUUUCUUGGAUUAUACAUGAGAUACUCUUCCUCAUGCGCAAAAACUAGAGCACCGAUUUCUAUGGAACUAUUUCAAGGAAUUUGGGAGUUUUUUCGCUUCGCUAUACCUUCUGCUGUAAUGGUUUGCCUUGAGUGGUGGUCAUAUGAGCUAAUUGUCUUGCUCUCUGGACUUUUACCUAAUCCACAACUUGAAACUUCAGUUCUAUCAGUUUGUCUCAAUACCAUUGCAACUCUCUAUACAAUACCAUUUGGAAUUGGUGCUGCAGCAAGCACAAGGGUUUCAAAUGAAUUAGGAGCUGGUAAUCCAUUUGAAGCACGUGUUGCCGUGUUAGCUGCUAUGUCACUUGGACUCACUGAAGCAAGUAUAGUGAGCGCAACCCUCUUUGCAUGCCGCCAUGUUUAUGGCUACAUUUUCAGUAGUGAUACAGAAGUUGUUAAAUACGUCACUGUCUUGGCUCCUCUGGUUUCUAUAUCCGUUAUACUCGACAGCAUACAAGGCGUUCUCGCAGGGGUUGCUAGAGGUUGUGGGUGGCAACAUAUAGGAGUUUAUGUCAAUCUAGGAGCCUUCUACUUAUGUGGGAUUCCUGUUGCUGCUGCAUUGGCAUUUUGGGUUCAAGUGGGAGGAAAAGGACUUUGGAUUGGUAUACAAGUCGGUGCUUUUGUUCAAUGUGUUCUACUUUCUAUCAUAACAUGUUGUAUAAAUUGGGAGCAACUGGCAAGUAAGGCUAGACAGAGGUUGUUUGAUGUUCAAUUUUCAGCAGAGAACAGACUUGUAUGAUAAGAAAGGUCAUUGAGUGAAGUCCAAAUUUGUUACGGGACAAUUCCCCGCUUUAUUGGAGAUUAUGAUUUAAAGCUUUGAUAUCUUAUUUUAAUUAGAUAGUAUAGUAUAUGAGCAUAUAUGUCUUGGUGUAUCUGAACAGGAAUCUCCGGGCAUUUUUCUCAUGAUAAAAAGAACAAAACAUUGAGCAAUACAUCUAUUUUACUAGCACUGUGCUGCACGGAAUACAAAUUGAGAUUUUUGUGAUGCCUUGUGUGUGAUUGAUUG